CUAAAAAGGUAAAAAGAACAUGAAAAUGACCUAAAAUGCUGCUAAAUUACGCCAAAUACAUGCUGCACGAACUAUAAAAGGUAGAAUUGUUGAGGCGUGAUGGUUCAAGUACCUAAAAGCAAAGAAAAAAGAGCAAUAUAGUGAAAGUUUGAUCUUGCAGCUUUAUAAAAAAUAUUCUUUAAAGUUGAAAAUACUAAUAUUAAUAAUUAUUUUUAUUUAUAUAAAUACAUUAAUUAAUGGGAAAUGCAAAAGCCUAUGAACUACUGCAACAGUUGCCACUCUUAUCUCUGAUUCUGCGGUUUCACUUAUUGUAGAUUUGGUGUAGGUGGGUAGGCCUCCGUUUCUCUUACUCAAAAAUCCAGUUCUUUUAACCGGGCUCUUUUAAGAACCUGCGUUUAUGGUGGUUCUUGAAUGAACUUUGAUCUGAAAACUUUGUUUUUUAGAAGAGUUUAAAGGGUUUCAAGAUGGGGGAUAAACCUGAAGUUUUGGAGGCUGUACUGAAGGAAACUGUUGAUUUGGAGAACAUUCCCAUUGAGGAAGUGUGUGAGAAUCUGAGAUGUACCAGAGAGGGUCUUUCAACUGAGGCUGCUCAAGAAAGAUUAACCAUUUUUGGGCACAACAAACUUGAGGAAAAGAAGGAGAGCAAAUUCUUGAAGUUUUUGGGGUUUAUGUGGAACCCUCUCUCAUGGGUCAUGGAAGCUGCUGCUAUCAUGGCAAUUGCCCUUGCAAAUGGAGGAGGAAAGCCUCCGGACUGGCAAGACUUUGUGGGUAUUAUUACUUUGCUCGUGAUAAAUUCAACAAUUAGUUUUAUUGAGGAGAACAAUGCAGGCAACGCAGCAGCAGCUCUCAUGGCUCGUCUUGCUCCAAAAGCUAAGGUUCUUAGAGAUGGAAGGUGGAGUGAGGAAGAUGCUGCAAUUUUAGUCCCUGGUGAUGUAAUCAGUAUUAAACUUGGAGAUAUAAUUCCUGCUGAUGCUCGCUUGCUUGAGGGUGAUCCUUUGAAAAUUGAUCAGUCUGCUUUGACGGGGGAGUCCCUACCUGUUACAAAGGGACCAGGGGACGGUGUUUACUCAGGUUCUACCUGCAAACAGGGAGAGAUUGAAGCUGUUGUCAUUGCCACCGGGGUUCACACAUUUUUUGGGAAGGCUGCUCAUCUUGUUGAUAGUACUAACCAAGUCGGGCACUUUCAAAAGGUCUUGACUGCGAUUGGAAACUUUUGUAUUUGCUCUAUUGCGGUGGGAAUGAUUAUAGAGAUUAUUGUGAUGUACCCCAUCCAACAUCGGAAGUAUCGCCCUGGUAUUGACAAUCUACUUGUGCUCCUUAUUGGAGGAAUACCAAUUGCCAUGCCAACUGUUCUUUCUGUUACAAUGGCCAUUGGCGCUCAUCGUUUGGCCCAACAGGGAGCUAUUACAAAGAGAAUGACAGCUAUAGAAGAGAUGGCGGGCAUGGACGUGCUUUGCAGUGAUAAGACGGGAACUUUGACUCUGAAUAAGCUCACUGUUGAUAAGAAUCUUAUAGAGGUUUUUGCUAAAGGUGUUGAUGCAGAUACUGUUGUUCUGAUGGCAGCCCGAGCAUCGCGAACAGAAAACCAGGAUGCAAUAGACGCUGCUAUAGUUGGGAUGCUGGCUGAUCCGAAGGAGGCACGUGCUGGCAUUCAAGAACUCCACUUCCUUCCUUUUAAUCCUACUGACAAGCGAACAGCAUUGACCUAUUUAGAUAAAGAUGGAAAAAUGCACAGGGUCAGUAAAGGUGCACCCGAGCAGAUUUUAAAUCUUGCGCAUAAUAAAUCGGAAAUAGAGCGAAGGGUACAUGCUGUGAUUGAUAAAUUUGCAGACAGAGGGUUAAGGUCACUUGCCGUGGCAUACCAGGAAGUUCCAGAGGGAAGAAAAGAGAGUCCUGGAGGGCCGUGGCAAUUUAUUGGUCUCAUGCCUCUUUUUGACCCACCCAGACAUGACAGUGCAGAGACUAUAAGAAGAGCUUUAAAUCUUGGAGUGAAUGUCAAAAUGAUUACUGGAGAUCAACUUGCAAUAGGAAAAGAAACUGGACGAAGAUUAGGGAUGGGAAUAAACAUGUACCCUUCAUCUGCUUUGCUGGGACAGAACAAAGAUGAAUCAAUUGCUGCUUUACCAGUUGAUGAGCUAAUAGAGAAAGCUGAUGGUUUUGCCGGUGUUUUCCCUGAGCACAAGUAUGAAAUAGUAAAGCGUUUGCAAGCCAGGAAACAUAUCUGUGGAAUGACUGGCGAUGGAGUAAAUGAUGCUCCUGCUCUGAAGAAGGCUGAUAUUGGGAUUGCUGUUGCUGAUGCAACUGAUGCAGCUCGUAGUGCUUCUGACAUAGUCCUUACGGAACCUGGUCUCAGUGUUAUAAUUAGUGCUGUUUUAACCAGUCGGGCAAUCUUCCAGAGGAUGAAAAAUUAUACGAUUUAUGCCGUUUCUAUCACAAUUCGUAUUGUGCUCGGUUUCAUGCUGUUGGCAUUGAUAUGGCAAUUUGACUUUCCACCUUUUAUGGUGCUUAUCAUUGCAAUCCUCAACGAUGGUACCAUUAUGACCAUAUCAAAGGAUAGAGUGAAACCAUCUCCUCUGCCAGACAGCUGGAAGCUUGCUGAGAUUUUCGCAACAGGAAUUAUUCUUGGUGGAUACUUGGCAAUGAUGACUGUCAUAUUUUUUUGGGCAGCGUAUAAAACAAAUUUCUUUCCACGAGUAUUUGGAGUGUCCACUCUUGAGAAAACUGCUCAUGACGACUUCCGAAAGCUUGCUUCAGCAAUAUAUCUUCAAGUGAGCACCAUCAGUCAGGCACUGAUAUUUGUUACUAGAUGUAGAAGUUGGUCAUUUGUCGAGCGACCUGGUUUGUUGCUUGUAGCGGCAUUUGUGAUUGCUCAACUGGUUGCAACUUUGAUUGCGGUUUAUGCGAAUUGGAGCUUUGCGGCAAUUGAAGGAAUUGGUUGGGGAUGGGCUGGAGUGAUCUGGCUUUAUAAUAUUAUUUUCUAUAUUCCGCUUGACUUUAUAAAGUUUUUCACCCGUUAUGCUCUUAGUGGAAGGGCCUGGGAUCUUGUUCUGGAGCAAAGGAUAGCUUUCACCAGGAAGAAAGAUUUUGGAAAAGAACAGCGUGAACUUAUGUGGGCACACGCGCAAAGAACCCUUCACGGGCUGCAAGUACCUGAUACCAAAUUGUUCAACGAAACCAACAAUUUCUCCGAGCUCAAUCAAUUGGCUGAAGAAGCCAAAAGGAGAGCUGAGAUUGCAAGGUUACGAGAGUUGCGCACACUUAAAGGUCAUGUUGAAUCAGUGGUGCGACUUAAGGGUCUCGAUAUAGACACAAUUCAGCAAUCAUACACAGUAUGAGGAGACGACCUAAAUUGGAUGGUUGGCGGUUUAACUUGUGCUUAGACUGAAGCUAUUGUCAAUGUAUUGAUUAGCUAUGAGUAUACACUGUCGGGCUGUUCCUAUCGGUCUACUGUAAGUAUAUUUUUAGAUUUAUCCAUUUGUGCCAUUUCGACUUCAAUCCUUGACUUUGAGACUCUUAAGUCCCUUGUUGGGAAAACACAAACAAUUGUUAUGUUAGAAUUUAAUGUCUAUAAUCAUAAAGCUUAUGGUCUCUUGGUUGUUCA